AUGCCUUGCUUUUGCAAUCUCGGCCAGGCCAUCGAUAUUGCCGACCUGCUGGCCGAACAUCCAGCGGUGCAGGCAUGCCCUUCCUUGCAGCACGCCAGGGCUUGCCCGGGUCUUGCUGCAGCAUCCGAGGCGGUGCUUGCCGUGGGUGGUGGAAGCAGCAUGUUCACUGCAGCAGAGGCUUUUCGCAGUGUCGAGGUGCUUCGCACGGCUGCGACGAAGUGGCAAUAUGGUCCGACUUUGCAGAGGCCUCGCUGUGCGGCCGGGGUUUGCGUUUCCUCUGCCGGGCACGUGUACGCGAUCAGCGGCUAUGCAGGCAAUGACUGCUACGAGGAGUCCGUGGAGUGGGCAGAUGCUAGCUCCGAGGGCCUGCUGCGCGGGUGGUUCGCCGGUCCCGCGCUGUCACAGGCGCGUGCGGGCUGCGCCGCCUGCUUCGGCCCCGACGGCCGUGUCUGGGUCCUGGGGGGUGGCUGUGACGAGUCUGCAAGCCUUGACACCGUGGAAUGCCUUGAUCCUCGCGAAGGUCGCUGGUGUCAGGCUCCUUGCAUGCCUGGGCGGCGGCGGUGCUUUGCGGCAAGCUUUGGCAUCGAUCGCAAGUUGUACAUCUACGGUGGUUGGAACCGCGAGCGCUGGCACGAAGACAGCGCCGCUCGCCUGGACUUGCGAAGUCUCCGGUGGGAGACACUUCCGUCGCCGGUGUCAGAGGCGCCAGUGCAGGCGAACAGCGUCAUCCCCUAUCACUUCGUGAGUGGCUGUACAGCGUUGUAG